UCCUUCACCUUAUCCGUCGCCAUGUCCUGAGCCGCCCAUCUAUGCCGCCGCCGCCGACGGGCUGGCUCCUCCUCCAUGGCUCCACCCAUGCGCCCCCUCCCAAUCUCCAUAGCCUCCAACGACCAACUCCAUCUCCUGCCUCCUGCAACUAGUCCUGCCAGUGCGCCGCGUCCGCCGCCGGUGAAUGCCCUUUGCAAGGACUGCCCCUAGCCCCUCUGCUCCGGUGCUCCUCGGUCGUCCCCGGCCCUUUGCCUGGUCGCUAGGGACGUGCUACUCCACGCCUGCUCCUACCGGGGGCCGCCGCCUGCCGCGUCGGCUCUGGCGCUUUGUUUCGGCCAAUCCCGGGCUGCUCGCCUGCUUGGCCGGACUCUGCCGCCCAGGACUUGCUGUCAACAAACAGCAAGCAGGCUGGGACAGGGAAAAAGAAGAGGAAGAUAUAUUUCAUUGCAAGUUUCAACAUCCGGUGUUUCAGUUGGACUGAAUCAACUCCAGAAAUUGGAACAACCAUAGAUUGGACCACCGCCUUUGGCUUCAAACAACCCGCCUUCAAUCUCAACUCGAGAAAGUACCUCUUUUGUAUCCCAUACUCUUUUUUUGAAGUUUUUGGCAUGUUUUUAUCUAUUUUGUUGUAUCAUUAAGAAUCGAGUUUAAAUUCUAGAGAGACAUACCAUUUGUCCAAAAGUAUCAAGCAUUGGAUGUAAAGUGGACAACCUAUUCGGUACUGAAACAAUAUAUGUAGCAUGUAUGAAGCUGAAUCAUGCUUAUAACACUGAAGAGCACAGUAACUUCCAUAAUGCAAGUAAGUAGCUGAAAUCUUCCAGGAUUUUUUAUAAAUAAAUCAGCAACAUGCCACUCACCUAAGUUGUCUUUUCAGUGUAUCCUACCAUGCGCCAAUGAGGCAAGUGGUAGUGUAUCCUAAAAAUACCCUUUUCCUGAAGGUGUAAACACAUGCAGCAACUGAUUGUGUGCAUUAGAAUGCACUGUUUGAUAAUUACUCUCUUAGGCCUUGCUUGCUAACUUUGUAAAAAUAUGCGACCGACUACCCUUCAACAAUUGCAAGUCACUUGGGGAUUGUUUGGUUUCAAGCCAAAUGUUGCCAGACCUAUGGUUAGGCACACAUAAUUUCUGAGGUGAGUGAGUGUUCAGUUGGCUCACACGGUUGUGGCUUGCGACUUUACUAGUCACAUGAUUAAGGAGUAUAUUUUGGCCACACUUUUGUGGCAAGCCACACUCUGUCCCGAGGGGUAACAAUUACUACUUUUGGCUUAGUUGUGGCAAAGUAAGCUUUUAACCAAACUAGGGUGUUAAAUUGGUCUUAAGUUUCAAUCUAGUAUUGUAGAUCAUCACAUAUGUUCUCUGUUUCUUGUUCAAUGAUGUCUUAUCUGACUCAUUAAUCAGUUCAACUUAAUAUCCCUUUUCCUAUUAUCCUUAGAGCAAAUAGAUAUGACGUGUAUGCAGUGCAGCCCACUAAUUAUUUAGAUUGCAUUGCAAACGCCCUUUUACACAUGCUUUUCAUUUUUCAUUCAGGUGGCUGCACAUAUCCUCUAGGUUUCUGUAAUUGGGAAGGAGUGUAUUUCCAGUAUGGUGAUAACUGUAUAUAUAAUAAUACUGACUGUGAUCAUUGGCCUUUUUUUACCUUCUGUUGUACCUUGAUUUUUGUAUAUGGUGCUUACCUGAGAUGCACAAGAUCAUCAAAGCAGGGAAAUUAACAUAGUUGUUUUUUUAAAGCACCCUAUUAUAUGGUUUUUAUGCUCAGUUUGGAUACUUAGAUAGUCCAACAAUCUUAGUAGUUUUGCAUAAGGAAAGAAGUCCCUACAGCGAUUAGAAAGAGUAAAUAUUUCUAGAUAAUUGAAGGCCCUGCAUAUAUAAUACCAAUCAUGUGCCCUGUUUUAUAUUUUUGUUUGUUCAUGUGGUGUGUGUUUCCUUUCGAUGUAGCCAGAGUUGGGAUUAGGGGGAGAAAGAUGGCAGCAUAUGUGCAAUUGUAUUGAACUGAGUGGCGUCUUUGCAUACUAGUUAAUCCUACAAUGGCACAUUUCUUUUGAUGUUUUUCAAUUCAAGGUUGAUGAAAUAUUUUAGGAUCCAAUCAUUGAAUUAAAAUAUCUAUGUAUUCCAUGAUUUUCUUGCAAAAAGAUUUAAAUCAGCUUUCAUCUCUUAAAUAACACAUGUGAAGUUAUACACUGACAUAUGUUUUUUGUUUCAUUACUUCGGCAUAUCAAAGGGCGAUGGAUCGAGGUUCGAUGAGUCAGCCAAGAGCUAGUGCUGCUUACAAAGAUGGUGUCGAGCAAUUUCUGUCUUUUGCAUUCCAUGAUGUUCCGGCUGGUGAUAGAAUUCUCUGUCCUUGUGUAAAUUGCCGAAAUAAAGGUAUGCAGAGUUAUGAUGGAGUGAAAACUCACUUGAGAUGUGAUGGUAUUCUUCAAGGUUACACUAAGUGGGUUUGCCAUGGAGAGGAUUACAGUGAACCAUCAUUUGCAUUUGCUCAUGUAUUAGAUAACAGUGGCAAUUUUUCUAUUCCUGGCAUCCCAAGGAAUGUUGUUGGAGAAGGCAAACAUGGAAGGAUGGAUGACAUGCCAGGACUCUUAAGUGAUGUCUUUGCUAUGGCUAACAGUUGUGAAUCUUUAUCAAGCACAUCUAAUGGUGAAUUAUAUGGCGUUGAAUUUGAGAAUAUGGUACCUAAUUCAGUUGAGGAUGAGAAUGCAGAUGCUCAAACAAGGAAGAAACCUAAUACGUAUGCAAGCUUCUUGGGGGAUGCAAACACAAAGUUAUACCCUGGAUGUAAAGCAUUUUCUAAGUUGUCAUUUCUCAUCACCUUGUAUCACAUGAAAUGCUUACAUGGAUGGUCACAAGAAUCAUUUACAACGCUACUUGGUGUUUUGUCUGAUGCACUUCCACAGGCACAACUACCAAAGAAGUACUAUGAGGUACAAAAAAUCAUCCGUGACUUAGGCCUUGACUACGAGAAAAUUCAUGCAUGCCCCAAUGAUUGCAUGCUUUUCCGAGGUGAACGAGCUGAUCAAGAGUCUUGCCAUGUGUGUGGCAGCUCGCGUUGGGUUACAAAUGAGAAGAAAGACUCCCAAGCUGAAUCUGUAUCUAAGCAGAAGAAGAAACUAGCCAAGGUGUUGCGUUACUUUCCUUUGAUACCGAGGAUUCAAAGGCUCUUUGCAACAAGAAAAACAUCAGAUGACAUGUGUUGGCACGAUGAGGGUCGUACUAAAGAUGGAAAGAUAUGGCAUCCAGCUAAUGGCGAGUGUUGGAAAGAUCUUGAUGCUAGAUACCCCAGUUUUGUUGUUGAUCCUCGUAAUCCGCGCCUUGGCAUUUUGAGUGAUGGAUUUAACCCUUUUCGGAGUAUGAGUUCAAAACAUAGUACUUGGCCAGUGAUGCUUAUCCCGUACAACCUACCGCCUUGGAUUUGCAUGAAAGAAACAUCUCUAAUUUUAUCGACGAUCAUUCCUGGACCAGCUUCCCCUGGGAAUGACAUUGAUAUAUAUUUGCAGCCACUGAUUGAUGAGCUCUUACAGUUAUGGGAUGGUGUAGACACAUUUGACGCUUCCUCGUAGGAGAUAUUUCCACUCAAGGCUGCACAGUUAUGGACUUUAAAUGAUUUUCCAGCAUUAGCUUACCUGUAUGGUUGGAGCACAAGUGGUAAAUAUGGGUGUCCAUCAUGUGGUCCUUCUACAAGAUCAUUUCGCCUGGAUAAGAGUAUGAAACUUUGUUAUAUGGGUCAUCGUCGUUGGUUACCACAGGGUCAUGUAUUUCGAAACCGAAGAAGGCGGGAAUUUGAUGGCACUAAAGAGACAGAAUUGGCACCGACAACUAUGAGUGGUAGUUCAACUUUGAAAAUGUUGCAAGGCAGAGUGUUUGUGUUAGGCAAAAAAGGCAAUGUAGCAAAGAAAGCAAAGGGUGGAAAGAAGGUCAAAAACAGUGAAAAAGAAAAUGAAAAGAAUCAAGAACCGAAGCAUAAAAGGAAGGAAGGCAACAAGAAGUCAAUUAAGAACCAAGGUAAGCCUGAGAAGAAGCCUGAGGAUUGGUUCAAAAAAUCAAUAUUUUUCAACUUGCCAUAUUGGGAACUUAACAAGUUAAGGCACAAUCUCGAUGUAAUGCACAUAGAAAAGAAUGUGUUUGAUAAUUUAAUUGGAACAUUGUUGGAUAUUGAUUCUAAAACAAAGGAUGGCCUUAAUGCAUGGCUUGAUUUGGCAGAAAUUGGUGAAAAUGGAAUUCGACAUAAUCUUCAUCCUACUAUAGAUGAUAAUGGAAAAGUAGUAUUGCCUGAUGCACCAUUGACUAUGUCUCCAAAAAAGCAAGAAAUACUUUGUUCAGUGAUGCACAAUAUUAGGACCUCCGAUGGAUAUGCAUCAAAUUUUUCUAGGCAUGUCAACAUGAAAGAUUGUACAAUCUCAGGUCUCAAAAGUCAUGAUUGUCAUGUUAAUCUGGAAGAUAUUCUUCCUCUAGCACUUCGAUCCUGUUACCCACACAAAGAGGUCAUGGAAAUAGUUAUCGGGUUGUCUAAUUUCUUCAAGAAACUAUGCUCGAAAGUGUUAUAUGUCUCUGAGCUUGACGAACUUCAAGAGAGUAUUGUGAUGACACUUUGCAAUAUGGAGAGAAUUUUUCUUCCAUCAUUCUUUACUAUCAUGGUGCAUCUAAUGGUGCACUUGGUUGAAGAAGUUACACUUGGUGGUCCAGUGCACUAUCGGUGGAUGUACCCCCUAGAGAGAUCAUUUGUUCGGCUAAAAGCACUUGUGCGCAAUAGAGCAUUUCCUGAAGGUUCAAUUGCUGAAGGGUAUCUUGCCCAAGAAUGCUUGACCUUUUGUUAAAGAUUUCUAGAAGGAACUACACGUUUUACAAGACCAUCAAGAAACCCUGAUCCUUCAAACAAGAUAACCGCUGCAGAUUCUGUCAUGACCUCAAGAGACAUCAAUGUACUGGGUAGCCGCUUUCCUAAUUGCAUCUUCCAUCUCGCUGGUACAGGAAGUAACAUAGUGCACUGAUUUAGUUGUGCUAACUCGGUCAUCGGGGCUUUGUAAUGUUUUACUAAGGCUUGACCCUUUGUUUAUUUCUAAUCUUGCUUGUAAAGAUUGUAUACUGACCUCAUGUUUUGCAAACUGAAAAUCUGAAGCAUCUCGUUGUAGAUUGUGUCAUGAGCUCAAGAGACAUCAAGAUUAACGAUGGCGAGGAUACCAAGACGACUUCAGGACUUGAACCUUACAAUGCAUGAUGCAAAACAUGUGCAGCUUGCUGAAGAAAAUCUGCAAGGUCCUCCAAAGAUUGAUAAUAUAGUACCAGGAAGAUCUCAUGAAUCCACUAGCCAAAUCAAGAUAAUUUGGCCAAAUGGAGAGACGCGGCAGAUUGUAGGGGGAUUUCGGCUGAAGAAUUUAUCCCAGGUACAUGGUGGAAAGAUAAUUGUGGAGACUAACGAAAAAGGUGUUCCGAAUGAAAGGUUUGGUUCCAUUCUUAGUAGCUAUCUUAGCGACGUUGCAGAGAACUCCACAUUUGCACCACUGAACAUUCCAAGACGGGACAAUGAAUUAUUUGUCCAGAGAAAGAACAACAUGAUCAAGGAUGUAGAGGAGAAAUUUGUCUAUCCAUCUGAGACAAAGCAGCUUACACGAGACUGGGUCCUAAUGACUGUUUGCAAAAGAUGGAGAGCCUACAAAUCUUGCUUGAAGAAAAAAUAUUUCAAACGGAAAGAGAGAUCUCUCCAGGAAAUUAUUAGUGAUGUUCCAAUAGGUGUUAAUAAGCAUCAAUGGGAGAUUCUAGUUGGAAUGUGGUGCCAGGAUUCACACAUGAAGUUAUGCGAGAAAAACUCAGAGUGUGCGAAGCAACAGAAGAAUCCACACACAACCGGGAGAAAAAGCCAUGUCAGGCUACAAAAAGAGAUGGAAAUCAAAAGGAAAGCACCGGUCCACAAGAUUGACCUAUGGGAUGAAGCUCAUAAGAAAAAAGAUGGCAAUUACACAAGCGACAAUGUGAAGACAAUAAUGGAUGCAGCUAAUGAGGAGUUAAAAAAAAGGAAAAUCGAUCAUAAUGGUAGCCUUUCCAUUGACGAUUAUACUGAAGCCUUUAAAGGUGCACUUGAUAAAAGGGCAAAAUUUUGAGGUUACUAUGAUGAAAAGUAUUGGAGCGGAGUAAAUGUUUCUCAGGGAAUAACUUUUGUUGGGAAAUCUGACCAAGAAAAUCUUCAGUUUGAAGUACGCAUGGUGAAAGAUAAUGUAGAAGAUGUCAAAGAUGAUGUAGAGGAUGUCAAAGGUGAUGUAAAGGAAGUCAAAGGUGAUGUAGGGGAUGUCAGAGGUCAGAUGGCUAUGAUUGCUGCAUUCCUUGCCAAAAAGUUUCCUGGAGAGAUUUGCAGAAAUGAAGUGGAUUCUCCUACAGAAAAUCAUCAAGUCACUCCACAUGACAGAGAUAACAAUCUCCAAUCUGAAUCUUAUAAUGUUCUUGAACAAUCAAAUAAUGAUGUGUAGGAGCCACAAACUACCAUGCAUGAGUUGCAGCAAACCAAAUCAAAAGAGGGUUGUGGCAAUGUGCAUUUACCACAUGAACAUGUGAUCACUAAGAAUGUCCAUGUUGAAAAUAAUCUUGCAGUGCAGCAAGGUGGCCCUGAACCAAGUUUACGACUUCACCAAGUCACUAACCAGGAUAAAGUUGAAGUCAUGUUGUAUUCGACGAACUUGAGAAACAAAGACAAACUUGUGGCCAAAGGAACUUUAGAGAGUAAAGAGAAAACAUAUGUGGUUGGAGUAAACAUGCUUGGAGUGCAAUACGUUGCAGUUCGUGUUCGCGGCUGUACAUAUCUAGGAGAUGAGAAACUAGUUAGACCAUAUGAAAAAUUCCAAACUGUAAGGGAUGCUAUGGGUUCUGUUAUUGCUUGGCCUCGCUCACAUGUAAAAAUAGUUAAGCCAACCCCUCCAGCACAAUCACAGAGCAUUGGGCGGUGAGGAUUUGAAAAGUGAGUGCAUUAAAGGAGCUAGGAGUGGUUGGGGAGCACUUGAAAAGGGAGUGCACUAGAGGAGUCGGGAGUAGUUGAUGAAUCAAUCUUUAAAUGAACAAAUAUUCUAGAUUAUGUAUAGAAUUUAGCUUCAUAGACAAAAAUAGUUCCAGUCUGUAGGAUCUUUUCUUAUUUAUUUGCAUCAUCGCAUGUUUCAUAUGAAUGUUACAUAUUAUUCAGCUGUGAACUCCAAGUACUUUUAGUGGAGACAUUGUUCCUGCUAAUUAAUGCAUUGGAUGUUGUUACUGAGGUUGUCUUCGUAUGACAAUAUUAUUUGACCAA